AUGCUUCCAAACAGAAAAAAUUUAAGAGAGUCGCCGGAGUCGCCGCCGUCAUCAUUGUGGUUCCGCGGCGCCUGCGACUUCGGCAAAAACAUGGGUAUCAUUAUCGCAGCCCUUCUUUUAGCCGUCGCACUCAGUUCCACUGCAGGAGCACUAAUCCGCUGCCACGUCCGUCGCCGAAACCGGCGCCGGCAUUCCGAUGCAGCUUUGGAGAUGCCAGCUGCUGGGCAUUCAGCGGUGCCGCCGACGGAGGUCAUUCCGGCAGUAGUGUUCUCCGCCGGAGAGAUUCUCCCGGUGGUGGGUGCGGCUGACUGCGCUAUCUGCCUCCUUGAGUUUGCCGCUGGCGACACCGUUCGUAUACUGCCUAACUGCGGCCAUGGAUUCCAUGUCAGAUGCAUCGACGUGUGGAUCUCAUCCCAGCAAUCAUGUCCUACUUGCCGUAAAAGUUCCCUGCCGCAGCCGGAGAUGUUAGCAACGGACGGGGUUUAA